CGCGUGCAGCUCACUCACUGCUACGUUCUCGAUUGCUCGAUAGCGACACGACUGUUUGUAUGAGUGGGGGCGCUCUUCAGAGUAGCGCUACCAACAAGAUUGCUAUACACAAGCUAGGUUGAAAUAACAGACGAAUUCAGGUCGCUGAAUCAACAAGAAAAUAUAGUAUCAUUAUCAGUCUUUCACAUCCCACUCUAAACACACUAACACGGCAUUGAUGGUAAUGUAUGCGAGGAAACAACCGAGACUCGGCGAUGGGUGCGACCGAAGAGAUUCUCAGCCCUAUCAGACUCUCAAAUACUCAUCCAAGAGCCAUUCAGGAGGAGACCAUCGACAUGAAAAGACACGAGACUCCACAGACAUCACUCCUCCCUGCAAAAUGCUCAGGAGGUCUGAUAGUCCUGAAAACAAACACAUGGACAGCACAGGGCACAGCAGAGCGAAGGCUGUCCAUGCACACCGGGCCAGAGACAGGGACGGAGGGCCCAGCUAUUCACCACAAGAAAACUCUCACAACCAUAGUUCCCUUCAUAGCUCCAACUCACAUUCUAAUCCCAGCAAGACCUCAGACACACCUUACGAACCUGGUGAGGACUGGUCAGAGCACAUCAGUUCCUCUGGAAAGAAAUACUACUACAACUGCCGGACGGAGGUGUCCCAGUGGGAAAAGCCCAAAGAAUGGCUGGAAAGAGAACAGAAGCAAAAAGAGGCGACAAAGACUGCUGUUGUCAACAGUUUCCCCAAGGACAGGGACUACAGAAGGGAGACUAUGCAAGCAACGGCAGCUACUGGCUUUGCUGGUUCUAAGCCAGCCCAGAUGGAGAAGCCUUCAGCAACCCUCACCACCCAGUCGCAGUCCACAUCCUCAGGCUCCAGCAGCUUGAACCCAGCAUCGGGGCCACCAGGCUCAUCGGCCUCCACCGUGCCUGUGUCCCCGGUCCUUCAGUCCCCCGCGCCCCCACUGCUUCAGGAUCCCACCCUCCUUCGCCAGCUUCUACCAGCACUUCAGACUGCCCUGCAGCUCAACAACGCCAGUGUGGACAUGGCUAAAAUCAACGAAGUUCUCACAGCUGCUGUUACACAAGCUUCAUUACAGUCGAUGCUGCACAAGAUCCUCACAGCUGGACCGUCAGCUUUUAAUAUCACUACUAUCCUCUCUCAGGCUGCUCAACUCUCCAACCAAGCAGCUCAACAAUCCAACCAGUCACCAAUGUCUUUAACGUCAGACGCCUCAUCACCUAGAUCUUACGUGUCUCCGAGGAUCAGCACACCACAGACUAACGCUGGUCCUUUAAAGCCCCUACUCAACACACAGCCCGUCAUCUCACAGACGAAGGUGAGCACAGCAGCAGCAAAGCAGGCUUCUCAUUCCCAGCCCACAUCCCAGCAGCCCCUCUCAACUGACAAGUCACAUAGUCAUGAUGCCACCGCAGCCUCCCCGCGGACUCUACAACGUCAAGGCAGUCAGAGGAGUCCCUCUCCAGGUCCCAACCACGUCGCCCCCAGCAGCAGCAACGCCCCCAGCUCAGCCUCCGCACCCCCAACCACCUCAGCAGCCCGGGCCUCCUGCUCCUUCACCCCCACACUUGCUGCCCACUUCAACGAGAACCUUAUUAAACAUGUGCAGGGAUGGCCAGCUGAACACGUAGAGAAGCAGGCGUCCAGACUACGUGAAGAGGCUCACACCAUGGGCAGCAUCUGCAUGUCUGAGAACUGCACUGAGCUAAAAAAUCUGCGGUCUUUGGUCCGAGUCUGUGAAAUACAAGCAACGCUGCGCGAGCAGAGGAUAUUGUUUUUGAGACAGCAAAUCAAAGAACUUGAAAAGUUGAAGAAUCAGAAUUCCUUCAUGGUCUGACAACUCUGGGCUGCGAGUCAAAGCGGGCAUUGGGAGGGAACGAGGCGGCGGGGGGAACCCAUUGCACAUAUUUGGAAGUUGGAAAGAAAGCGGUUCCUCUCGAACCCGGUCUUAACAUGCAGGAUUGGAAGUCGGGCUGGCUUUGGACUGUUGAGCUGGGAUGCCAGAGAGGGAGAAACGAGGAGCUGUCGGAGGAUGGGAAAAGUGGGGUUGAUUUACAGGACCCUGUGGCGAGGGGGGAAAAUGUAGAUUUCUUGUAGAUGUUAUCUAUGUUGUAAAUAUGUUUUGUAGAUUGAAGCCAUGGAAAGCCAUGCCUAUCGAAGCUUUUGACAUCCAGAUUAAUCGACGCCUCGGCGGCUACCGUCAUUAGCUAGCCUGUCCUUCAUAUUAACUCAUCUGCAGACUCUAGGCUGCAUUUGGUCCGUGCAGAGAUCAUUGAACCAUUGCAUCUGCAUGUAAAUGGAGGAGUGAAGUCAUAAAGCCGAUCCUCUUCAAAUGUUCGGACUCUCCUCCCUCCACCCGUCGGGAUGAACAUGUUCUCAGGCAUGGCGUCCAUCCCCUCGGUGCAGAUCUUUCCCAACUGCUCAAUGGUUCAGUGAUCUGUCUACAGCUUCUGGUGGCCCUGCUUCACCCGGUCUCGAGGGGGGCGGUUCAAAAUAAAAAUAAAAGAAAAACAGUGCCUGGUGGUUGGUGGAGUGAGUGAUAAUAAAAUGGAAAACAUGGAAUGAGAUGGCGUGCUGCUUUGGACCAUUACCGCUACCCUCCCCUGGCCUCGACCUUGCCCUGCCCCCCAUCACACCCCUUCUUUCAUUUUAUAUUAUUUUUCCCUUUUGUCUUCCUCCUGUUCCUCUUAUAAGCCUAGGUGGUACCUCUGUUUCAUUCCUUUGUACAGAUGCUAAAGUAAUGGAGUUUUAACAGGAAGACAGAAUAAAAAGGUUUUAUUUAUAAGAAGUUGUAGUGAGUAAACAGUAAACAACCACAUCCAGAUGUUCAUGGGGACGGUGGUAGCGGGUCAGAGGUGGGCGUGUGAGCGCGGAGCAUCUCUUCAGUGAGCGCAGGGCAACAAGAGGUCAAAUGUGAAAUGUAUGUAUUGUAAUAAACAUGUUAAAGUACAGCGAGCACUGGUUGUUAUUUUCAGCGGAGCUUCUAGAGUGCCUUGUUGGAAGUCUGCAGACGCCAUGUUUUUUGAUCACAUCCCACCAACAGGAAAAGGAAACUUCAACAAGCAUGUCUGUCCCAGUUCUCCUUCAUUUGUUCCCCCACUGUUGGAGGAGAAGAGCAGGGUUGUCAGCUGCUAAAGCUUGUUUACCCCCCACCACCACCACCAUCAUACUAUCUAUUGAACUGAACUGCACCACAUCCAGUAAAGGUGACCACAUCAUUGCUUUGUAUAUUGUUUCCUGAAGUAUAUUGACAAAUGAAAUAAAAUAUGCCUCUCUGGGGCCGUCUUGUU